GUUCGAAAGCGUAGCAAUUUCUCAUUUGGUGUGAAGAUUUUGAAAGCGUGUGACGUGUAAAUACAUUUUUAAUAAAAACCAAGUGAAGCCAACUAUAUGUAAAAGUUAAAAUCCGAAAUUAUGAGUAUUUGAUAAAAUAUUAUAUAAAGGGAUCAAAAGUAUAAUGCAAAGGAAUAAACAAAGUGCUGAUAUCAAACUACGUAAUCAAAAUGAUAGGCAGUGUAUACAAAAUAUGGUUUGAAAUUCAUUUGACAGCUGUUGCGAAUGAUUGUAUGGGGAGCAGUGGACGCUAAUUGUCAGCUGAUUUGGGGGCGAGCAAUGUUGUUGCACUCUUGCAUAAAUCCCAAAAAAAUAUUGAACAUUGAAGUAAACGUGUAAAAAUUAGCAUAUAUUUAAGAAAAAAUCAAGUGUCUAUCAAGGUCAAUACAAACAAUUACAAAUUUCCGACGAAUAAACAGUGUAUUUUUGUCAAAUUAAAUAGAAUCCUUUAAUAGAAAUUGUGUUGGGAUAGCAACAUUGUGUCGACCUUCACCACCAGCUGUGCGCGGCAACAAACCCAAAUCUAUUUGUUAAAAAUUCAAUGUGGUUUUACCAUCCAUUGUUCAAGUGCACUUCUAAACUAUAUUAUUGUAAUUGUGAUGGAAAAUCGGUGUAUGUGAAAUUUAAGUAAUAAAAAAAAAUAUAUAAAAAAAAUUAAACUUCGGAACUGUAAUGAGAAUAAGAAGAUUUGCUGCGCUAGCUUUGUUAAAUUUAUUGAAUAAUUUGCUACACGCCUGGAAUUUGAUAGCUGUCCUUGAAAGGAAUUUUCUUUCUAUUUUACGAAAUAUACCUUUACCCAGACUAUUUUCCUUUGCAAUGGACGGCGAAGAUGGCGAACAACGUGAUCCUAUGGAACACGUACCAGGAGAACCUAUGGAUGAAGAACCAGUGAUGGGUUUGGGAUAUGAUGAUGACGACGAAGACGACGAGGAUGUUGAUGAAGAGAAUGACGAUGAUGAUGUGUCGGAUAUGUCUAGCGAAACUGAUUCCGAUUAUUUCGUUGAAAUGGAUAGUGAUGACGCAUCUGAUAAUUAUAUACCCGGUUAUGGUGGUGACUCUUCCACCAAUUCGGAAAGUGAAAGUGACGUUGGCAGCAGUAGAAUAUCUAAUCACAGAUUUCGCGUGCCUAAUAAACCCAUAUAUGUUUUUAAACCACUGCGUUUAAUGAAAUGUAAUUACAAAAAGCAUUGUGCACCCAGAGACUAUCCCUUCGCACGUAGUGGUCAUCGUGUAGUAGCUUCCGAAUCGCAUCUUUAUACAUUAGGUGGAUACAAUCCUAGCAAUAGUAAUACCGCCAUACACGGCACUGGCAUGCUUUUUCAAGAAUUAUGGCGUUUUAACUUAGCAACUAAACGUUGGGUGCUAUUACACAAUCCUUCAACAAAUCGAAAUAUGCCAGGAGAGUUGGCAUCGAAUGCGCUUAUCAUUAGUAAUAAUUUAUUGAUUUCUUACGGUGGCACUGGUUAUCCCUUCGGUGAAUCUUGCUCAAAUGACUGCUAUAUUUAUCAAACACAAGUUGACAAACCCAGUGUGAUGCGUAUUGAGGCUACAGGUGAUGCGCCCACGCCACAAUAUGGUCCGGGCAUAGUCUUGCACGAGCAUUAUUUAUACACAAUCGGCGGAACGACUGGUUAUGAUUAUUCGUGUGAUGUGCACCGACUAAACUUGCGCACACGUGUGUGGGAAUGCGUUUAUAUUUGUCGACCAUACAUACGCGAAGAUCCGGAGGGCCGCUACCGACAUGAAGUGGUCUACGAUGGUCAGUAUAUCUAUGUGCUUGGUGGAGGCACGUCAAAUUUGGUGUACGAUUUGGAACGGAUUCCUGCAUUUAAUUUGAAAACAAGUCGUUGGGAAUAUUUUGACACCAUACCCGAUAGAUCGUUACAAGGAAGUCAAGCAGUCUCGCGAGGCUUUCCAAAACCAAGAAAGUGUUUUUCCUGCGUUCAGCAUACAAAAUCAAAUGGUGAUGUCGAAGCAUUCAUAACAGGUGGUUUACAGUCUGAUCAAGUAUAUUUUUCUGAUAUAUGGAAAUUGAAUUUUACAACUAAACAAUGGACAUUAAUAGAAACAGCGGCGCUACCAAAACCAUUAUACUUCCAUGCGGCAGCACAUAGUCAAAACGGUUGUAUGUACAUUUUCGGCGGCAUCGAAUAUGAUAUUAAGCGCAUACGUCGGUGCAAUGACCUCUACAAAAUGUGGAUGACCAUACCAAAGUUAAGCGAAAUUUGCUGGGAGGCUGUGCUGCACUAUAAACCGAAUCUCAAGUCAAACGGUCAUACGCAGCUACUUAAAAUGGGCAUACCGCUACGCUAUGCUCAGCGCUUGUGGUAUUCUUCCAAAACCAAAUGAUUAUUUAAACAUUGAAUGGCACUAAUAAAACGCGACGUUUAAUUAACAGUGAUAAUAACUAUUAUUCUUUUUUACACCAUUGCAACAGUUGGUCAUUGACGCAUUAGUAUUGAAUAUAAAAAAAUAUGCAUUAGUUGUGGAGAAAGCAAAAUCAAAGAAAAUAAUAAAAUAAUAAUAUUUAUAAAUGAAAAUUAAAUAUGCACAGCAUGAUAAUAAAAAUUAUCAAUUGACCCAACUGUUCGUUAAAGAAAAGACAUCGAAAAUAAGUUUCUUUUGACUGUCAGCCAUUUACCAAGCUUUGUUUUUCAAUUAAGAAUUUAUUAUAAAAUUUAAUAAAAUACUGAUGCUCUUUUUUGCCGCAUAUUGAGCUUGGCUAAAGAUACAACAACUUGAGUGUAUAUGUUAACUUUCUUAUUUCUCCGAAAACUAAGAAGCACGCCUACAAAGCUAGUCAUAGAGCGGAUAUUAGUGCACGAAAUGGAAAGUGUCAUCAUAACGAUAACAUUAAUACUCACAUCUGACUAGGGCCACAGCUUCAUUUGCAUAUGUAAACACGCAUCUACUCAUACGUAUGUAUGUACAUAAGUUGUAUUUAAAAUAAGAAAUUGACACCAAAUUUCUUAGUGGUCGAACAGAGUCUAAUAACUCAGUGCUGAUAAGGAAUCUAUAUGUAUAUUUGUGUAAAUAUGCAUUUAGAUUUUCCACAUAACAAAUAAAGUAAUUCAACAUAAUAAAAUAAGUUAAAUUGUAUAAUAUCUCAUAUAAUAUUAACAUAUUCACAUACAUCAUCAAAGGUUAUGAGCAACGCUUCAUUAAUUAUUGUUUUGAAAAAUUUGUUUUCGUACUCAAAACUGCUCCAAUAUUUAUGCAAUUUUUAUUGCAGCCAAUAAUAAUUCGAGCCAACAAAUCAUUGCAAGUAAUUACAUAGUUAUAAUAUUAAUAUCAAUAUUAAAGGAUUUAAAAACAAGCUACACGAGACAGUUGCAAUUGUACAUAUUAUAUGAAGGAAUGCAAUGAAACGUAUAUACAAUAUAUUGUGCUAUAUAAAUAUAUACGUAUUUAUUGCCAAGGCUAUGCUAAAACAUUAGACUUGGAGUUAUAAAACAUAUUUAGCUAAAGUUAUAUUUAAUUGUAAAUAUGUAAUUGCAAUAAUAAAACACUUGAAGAACAGCGUUCAUAGAAAAUUAAACGUUUUUGCCUGUCAACAGC